AUGCAACAAACGUCACAAAACUCGCAAAUCAACUUAUCAAAGCCCAACAUUUCCAAUCCUCAUUGGGUGCAGGAGAGUCAGCCCAUAUCCCUUGUGUACGACGACGAUACGCCCUGGCAGAAGACUAUUCGCUACUUCCGCACCCACCACGGCCAGCACAUCACCUCCCUCAACCUCAUCUUCACCGACCUGAAGCAGCUCCGCUCCCUCCGCCCCUUGAUCGCUCGCUGCAGCCCCUCCCUCUCCUCCUUCAGCAUCAAGCUUCGGGGCUUCGUAGACAGCUUCGGGGACGACGACGACGACGACGACGACGACGACGAGCAGGAGGAGCAGGAGGAUGGGGACUUGACUCUCAGCUUCCUUAAAAACUGCUCGCACCUGCAGCGCCUGAAGCUGGGCCGAGGCAUGUGGAACCUGGAUAAGAGCUGUGCGAAUGCCGCGUGGGUGAGGUCGAUCCGCUGUCUGACCCUCAAGCAGGUGGAUACAAGCCAUGUGAGCUUCGAAUAUCUUGAUUCCAUCACACCGCAGCUGCACGAGUUCACGCUUUACCAGCACUGGCACCUCUCCCGCGGUCCCCUCUUUGGCUCCCACAGUAUGACCUUCAACUUCCCCAACGCCCGCCUUCUCCGCUUCCGCUUUGCCAGCAACGAGCUCAAGCUCACUCUCAACGUCUCACCUGCGCUCAAGACUCUCUCAGUGAUGGCCAAGUGGCUUGUGCUCUCCUGCAAGAGCACCGCCCCUCUCGCUCUCGAUCACCUCUCGCUGUACGGUCAGGAGCGGCUUGUCAUCUCUUCUCUACGCGUCGCAUCCGCACGAGCGGUCUAUCUCAACGGCCCGGCCUGUGAUGAGGACUCUAGCUGCCCCAUGAUCUCCUACCAGUUUCCCCCCUCCUGGCAGCACGUUCCCCGCGGCGUUUCCGGCUUUUCCUGGACUAAAUGGCUUCGCUCCAUAGCACAAAACGUAGAGGUGCUUGUAGUGAGGCAUGGGAUUCCGAUUGAGAAGGUGGGUGUGGUGUGGAGGAAUCUGCGCAGCCUUGGGAUUGUCAUGCACGCGAAGGGGGAGCAUAAUAAGGAGUGGGAGGCGACGGUGGAGAAUUACAGGGCGUUCAUGGAUGACGGGGAAUUCGAUGAUGAUCUGGAUGAGGACGGUGGCUUUGGUGGUUGUUAUGGUGAUGAUGACGAAGAGGAUGGUGAUGAUGAGGAUGAGGAUAUGGAGGAUGGGGAUGGUUCAGAUGAUGAUGAUGAAUAUGGGGGGAGGGGUUACGGUGGAAGAAGGGGAGGGAGUCGCAAGAAGAAGGCCCCUGCGAAGCCGCCUUCUAUCGGUGCUCCAACUCUGCGAUUCCUCUUCUUCCCCACCCACAAGGCAUGUAAUGCGCCCACACUGGCUGCACUGCGGCAGGACUACCCCGCCCUGGCGCUCUACUGUGUGGUGGACCGCUCUUUUUAUUGGGAGAGGAAGGGCGAGAGGGUGAGCAAUGUGCCGCUCAAGCAUAUGCGGCAGGCGAAGAGUGGGGUGCUGCGGGAUAAGUUUGAUGACAAGAAGAAGCCGAAGAAUGUGAGGGAGAAGAUGCACAGUGUGAACAGGAAGCUGGUGGAGGGGUACAGUGUUGAGGAGGAUGAGGCGCAUAUGUUCAAGUACAAAGGAAGGGGCCUACGGUUCCGCUCGGAUGAGCAGUCAGACGAGAGACAAGAGCUGGACGACCGACCAGAGUUCAUGAAAAUGUUCACUUACCGUGAUUCGUCCGCCAGUGACCAGCAUAAAUACAAUGCCAACAGCUAUGGCUCCUCUUGGCCUCUGCUCUGCUGUGCUCUUGCCAGCAAGAGGCUUCUCCACCAUGUCCUCUCCUUCGCUGAGAGGCAGCCCAUCUCCCUCGUGUACAACGAUGAGCGCUGGCAGAAAACCAUUCGCUACUUCCUCACCCGCCACGGCCAGCACAUCACCUCCCUCCACCUCAUCUUCACAGACUUGCAGCAGCUCCCCUCUUUUCGCCCCUUGAUCGCUCGCUGCAGCCCCUCCCUCUCCUCCUUCAGCAUCAAGCUUCGAGGCUUCGUGGACGGUUUUGAGGAGCAGGAGUACAAGGACUGGACUCUCGGCUUCCUCAAAAACUGCUCGCAACUGCAGCGCCUGAAGCUCGGCCGGGGCAUGUGGAACCUUGAUAAGAGCUGUGCAAAUGCCGCGUGGGUGAGGUCGAUCCGUUGUUUGACUCUGAAGCAGGUGGAUACGGGUCACGUGAGCUUCGAGUAUUUGGAUUCCAUCACACCGCAGCUGCACGAGUUCACGCUGUACCAGCACUGGCACCUCUCCCGCGGACCCAUGUUUGGAUCCCACGUCAUGGCCUUCAACUUCUCCAAUGCCCGCCUCCUUCGCUUCCGCUUUGCCAGCAACGAGCUCAAGCUCACUCUCACCGUCUCACCCUCCCUCAAGAGCCUAUCAGUGAUGGCCAAGUGGCUGAUCCUCUCCUGCAAGAGCAGCGCCUCUCUCACUCUUGACCACCUCUCGUUGUACGGCCAGGAGCGGCUCGUCAUCUCCUCCCUCCACAUCGCAUCUGCACGAGCCGUGUACCUCAACGGGCCGGCCAGCGACGAGGAAUCCAGCUGCCCGGGGCUCUCUGCUCAGCUGCCCCCUUCCUGGCAGCACGUUCCAGACGGCAUCUCUAACUUCUCCUGGACCAAUUGGCUGGGCUCCAUAGCGCAAAACGUGGAGGUGCUUAUAGUGACGCACGGGAUCCCGAUCGAGGAGGUGGAUGUGGUGUGGAGGAACUUGCGCAGCCUUGGGAUUGUCGCGCACGCGGAGGGGCCGCAUGACAAGGAGUGGGAGGUGACGGUGGAGAAUUACGGUUCGUUCAUGGAUGAUGGGGAGUAUGAUGAUGAUAUGGAUGAUUAUGACGAUGAUGGUGAGGCUUCUAUCAAGCCUCCCUCCAUCGGCGCUCCGAAUCUGCGGUUCCUCUUCUUCCCCUCCAGCAAGGCGUGUGACAGCGCCACACUGGCUGCACUGCGACAUGACUACCCCGCCCUGGCGCUCUACUGUGUGGUGGACCGCUCCUUUUAUUGGGAGAGGAAGGGCGAGCAUGUGAGCAAUGGGUGGCCACUCCAGCAUGUGCGACGGGCUAAGAGCGGAGUGCGAACUCGCUAUGACAAAAAGAAGCAGCCGAAGAAUGUGAGGGAGAAGAUGCAUAGUGUGAAUAAGAAGCUGGUGGAGGGGUACAGUGUUAAGGAGGACGAGGCACACAUGCUCAAGUACAAAGGACGAUCCCCACCUGGUGCCUCCGCCGCAUCUGGCGCCGUAUCUGGCGCCGUACCCGGCGGCGCAGUUGCCGCGCGAUCCUCAGCGGGCAGCGCGGCAACCAAUCCAGGGUUGAGGAGCGGCAGAGGCGGCAGGGGGAGGGCGGUGGCGGCUCGUGCGAGUGGCGGCGGUGGGGCGGGUGGGGCGGAAUUAGAGGGAGUGGGGGGAGCGGGGGGAGGCAUGGUGCUGGCCGCCGUGCUGGUGGCGUGCAUUGGCGCAUUCGCGUUCGGUUACCACAUCAGUGUCGUGAAUGGGCCGUUGGAUCACAUCCUAGUCAGCAUCGGCGCCCCAGGCAACUCUUUUGUAGCAGGCUGGGUGGUGAGUGCAUCGCUGCUCACAGCAGCGUGUGGAGCGCUCUCAGUCGGCUGGCUUGCCGACUCUGUGGGCCGACGAACCACCUUCCUCUUGCUCUCUCUGCCACUCGCACUCGGGAGUGCACUCAGUGCCACAGCCUCAUCGGUGCCGCAGAUGCUGGUGGGGCGAGCCCUCACAGGGCUGGCCUUUGGGGUCAUCUCCUGCGUUGUCCCCGUCUACAUCUCCGAGAUAGCGCCAGCAUCAGUGCGAGGCCGCCUGGGGUCACUCAACCAGCUGGCCAUCUGUGUCGGCAUCCUUGCUGCGCUGCUCGGCGGCCUGCCCCUCGCUGCCAACCCCGCCUGGUGGCGGCAGAUGUUCUGGAUUGGAGUGGCACCAGCAGCCACCCUGGCUGCAGGCAUGCUGUGGGCGCCUGAGAGCCCACGGUGGUUGGCUAAGGUGGGCAGGAUUGACGAGGCGGAGAGGCAGCUGAAGCGCCUGCUGGGUCCGUCCCAGGCUGCUGCUGCGGCAGCGGAGCUCUACUCGUCCUCCGCCCCACCUCAACCUGCUUCGUCUGCCAAGGCAGCAGCAGUGGAUGGGUUGGAGCAGGCAGAGGCAGGUGCAGCGAGGAAGCGGGCAGACGAAGUACCUGCCGCGUCGUUCUUCACGCUCUUCUCCAAGCGCUACCGCAGAGUGGUGCUGCUGGGAAUGGCGCUAUUCGCAGUGCAGCAGUUCGCGGGCAUCAACGCCAUCAUCUACUACUCCUCCUCUGUCUUCCGCUCUGCCGGCAUUCAGUCUGACGUCGCUGCCAGCGCCCUCGUGGGGCUCGCUAACGUGCUAGGCACGGCCGUGUCGCUGAACCUUGUGGAUCAGAUGGGUCGCAAGAGCCUUCUCAUGGGGUCCUUUGUCGGCAUGGGCUGUUCGAUGCUCCUUCUAGCCCUCACCCUCUCCUUCCCACCGCUCCAGCCAAUCGCAGCGCCCCUCUCUGUGCUGGGAACAGUGGCCUACGUGCUCUCCUUCGCCAUGGGUGCCGGUCCCGUGCCCGCGCUGCUCCUCCCUGAGAUUUUCCCCUCCAACAUCCGCGCCUCUGCCGUCGCAGCCGCGCUCACCACGCACUGGCUCUGCAACUUCGUUAUAGGCCUCUCCUUUUUGGGGUUUGUGAAGGUGGUGGGUGUGGCGGCGGCGUAUGUGGGGUUUGCGGCGGUGUGCUUUGUCGGGGUGGUGUUUGUGCGUGCGUGCGUGGUGGAGACCAAGGGGCGGAGCUUGGAGGAGAUUGAGAGGGAGCUCAUUGGCAGUGAUGCUUAG